AACAACAACAUAGAGGAACACAUUAAAAGGGAUAUAAAAAAAUGUUCUGUUCUGUUCUUUCAACCUUUAAUAUCAUUUUCUUUUAAAACAAAAAACAACAAAUUAGAGAAAACUAUUCAGCUCUUGCUUUUGCUAUUAGUACUUUCCUUGAAGAAAAAUAAACACUCAUAUUUUUCUCACCACUCCUUUUUUAUUUUAUAUAUAACUUUUCCAUCAAUUGUUUUUCUUUUUAUUUUCAUUUUCCAUUCCUCUAUUGGAAUAUAUAUAUAUUCAUCCUGAUUCCGAUGCACUCUAGCUUCACCAAAUUUCAAAGUUCAAAACAACUUCAAACUCCAACAAAUAAGUGAACUUUAUCUAUCUAUAGAUCUGAAAAAAGGGUCAAAAAAUUUCUUGUUUUUUUUUUAUAAAGAACAAGAAAUUUGUCAAGAACAUGUUAUUGUUUCAACUUUGAAGAAAAAAACUAUGGAUUCAUCAGAUCUUCAACAACAACAGGUAAAUUCUUCUUCAGGUUUAACACGUUAUCGAUCAGCACCAAGUUCUUAUUUCAACAACAUCAUUGACAGAGAAUUCUACGAACAUGUUUUCAAUCGACCUUCAAGUCCAGAAACAGAACGAGUUUUUUCACGGUUUAUGAACAGUUUAGGUUCAGAAGAAGAUUUAUUAGCUCAAAAAAUCUCAGUUGAUUCUACAGUGAAAGAAGAAGAAGAACAACAACAACAAGUGGUUCAACAGCAGAGUAAUAUUAAUAUUAAUAAUAUUAAUAUUAAUGAUGAUGAUAAUAAUAGUAAUAAUUAUAAUAACUCUGCUGCUACAACUUCUCAUGGUUUUUAUCAAAGCUCAGUGAUGCCACCUUUGCCAAAUCAGAAUCUCUCUUCAGGUAUGGAAGGAAAUUAUUCAAUGGGAGUUAAUCGGUUACAGCAGAUGAAAUCUCAUGGUGGAAAUAAUUCUAAUCUCAUCAGACAUAGUAGUUCACCAGCUGGUUUAUUUUCACAAAUUAAUAUUGAAAAUGGGUAUGUUAUUAUGAGAGAUAUGGGAAAUUUAGGAGCUGUUAACAACUCUGUAAAAGAAGCAAAAUUUUCUACUACAAGGAGUUUGAAGAAUUCAUCAAACUAUUCAUCACGACCAAUGUCAUCAAUAGCUGAAAUUGGCGACAAAGGCAAUAGAGAAAACAAUCAAGAAAAUGAUGUUUUUGGUGAAAAUCGAGGUAACGAUUAUAUCUCAGAAUAUCAGGUUGAUACUUGGGAUGACACUGAAAUGAUGUCUGAAAAUGUUGGUGGUCUAAAAAGAUUUAGAGACAAUGAUUCAAAACAACAAUUUUCUGGUUUAAAUGCAUCUUCUUCUGUUCAGAAUGAAACAGGAGGAGGACAUUCUAGUUCUUCUCCUUUGGCUCAUCAAUUGAGUAUGCCAAAUACUUUAUCUGAAAUGGCAGCUAUGGAGAAGUUUCUGCAUUUUUCAGAUUCUGUUCCGAUGAAAAUCCGCGCCAAGCGCGGCUGUGCUACUCAUCCAAGAAGCAUUGCAGAGAGGGUUAGAAGGACUAAAAUUAGUGAACGUAUGAGGAAGCUACAAGAUCUAGUCCCAAACAUGGAGAAGCAAACAAACACAGCAGAUAUGUUGGACUUAGCUGUGGAUUACAUCAAAGACCUUCAAAACCAAGUUCAGACGCUUUCAGAUUGUCGAGCAAAGUGUACGUGUUCACACAAGCAGCAACAAUAACGGCAACGAAUUAAUGAAUUAAUUAGUCUUGUACACAUUUGUAAUAAUUUGGUCACGUUAUUAAAAUCUAGCUAGAUUAGUUUUUAUUUGUUACUGCAAUUCCAAAGAUAAAUUCAUUUACCCCUUCAAAUAGUAUAUAUUAUAUAAAUAAAAAAUGAAAAUAAAUUUAUUGAGCUGUAAGCAGCUGUAGGGUACACUUCUUCAACGGUUGUGGAAGAAAAAUAGGUUAUAAUAAAAGUUGAGUGUUAAUUGUGGCAAGCAUCAUGUAUGUAUGUAGAAAAGUCUAUGUGGUAAGUAAGCACAAUUUAAGGUGUGAGGGCCCAUAUUUGGUGAUGAAAUCUAUUGGAAUUGCCGUAAGCAAUA